GUCAAUAUUUUUGUCCCCCCACACCCAAACGCGGUGGGUUGGAUCUUCGUUGGCUGCUCAAACUAAAUAUCUUUUAUUCUUUCUUCCAUUUUCUCUAAUAACUUUUUACUAAACUUCUAAAUUGCACUCAUUUGCUUUGUUAUUAGCAGCUUAAUAAACAGAGUUGCAGCAUCUAUUCCAAUUUUCAACAUACAAACAUGGCACGAUCAAAUGUGCCUGAAUUUGGAAAUUGGAAGACUGAAGAAAAUGUCCCUUACACGACCUAUUUUGAAAAUGCAAGAAGGGUGUCAUUUAGUGAAAAGGUGAACCCAAAUAGCUCUCCUGAUGAUGAUUCUACUCUGGCCUCUAAGCUGGAGGGACGAAAACGAUUUGAGGCCAUGAGAGCGAAGCAUGACAACAUGGUAAGCCAAGAAGAUGGUGAACUACAGAAGUCAAGUGAUUCUCCAUCACGCCCUGAUGGAGGACAUAAAACUUCAACCAAUUCCACCCAUUCUCGACCUGGUGGAGUAAGCAGUGAUACACCCAAAAGAGCUGCUCUGGCAAAUAAAGUAGGUUUUCGCAGUGCUGACCACUCCCCGCUGCACCCACAUUACCAGGCAAAGAUUAGUGGUGCCAAAGGAAAUGCAGCUUCUUCUCCUUCAUGGGAAAAAAAAGGUUCUUCUGAAGGAAGUCAUGGUUUAGCUCCAUCUACUCCUGGAAGAUCCCGGCUGAAAUCUGUUCCUCGAGGAAACGAAACUCCUGAUCGAGGUGCUUCUGUUCCAAAAUUUGGGGAUUGGGAUGAGACCGACCCCUCUUCAGCCGAUGGGUUCUCACACAUAUUCAACAAAGUGAAAGAGGAACGACAUGGUGGUGUAGGGAACGCACCUGGUACAGCAACUCGCUCUAAAGAUUCUGACGGCCAGAAGCUCAAUAGAAGUAAAUAUUCCAAGGGGUGCGGGUGCUUUCCUUGGUAAGGAAACCCAUGCAUGUUGUUUACAUGUGUCUAUGUUGUUACUCGGACUCUCGAUCUACUUCAAAUGCUCGUGUCGGAUCCUCAACGCCCCCGGCAUGAUAUGGACAUUUUAACACUUGAACAAGUACUUGUGUCCCGCAUGAGUACAGAGUGUCCAAGUAACGUAUGUAUGUACUUAUGUAGUUAUGUAGUCAUUGUGAAAAUAUAGAUGCACCUAUGGGUGUCUGUCUGUUGUAUACCAUGAAAUUUUUUCAUUGUUUACUUUAUUCUGUGAAUUUUAUCACAAGUAAAUGGCUAAAGUAGGAGCCCAAUGUUUUCUCUGGCUUCACGCUUAAAUGCCUCACACUUAAAUGCCUCUCUGAGUCUCUGUACCAUUUAUACACCAUUGUAUUCAUUUUGUGAGCA